AUGUCUCUAAUAAAAAAUAAUAAAAGUGCUUUAGUUACUGGAGCAUCUGGGGCAAUCGGUGGGGCAAUUUGUGAGGAACUUCUUAAAAAUGGAAUUAAGUAUCUUGCUGUUCUUGACAUGAAUUCUCAAGAACCUAAGAUUUUAAAUGAUUGGAAGAAGUCCUAUCCCAGUGUCCUCAUAAAGUACUUCCAAGUGGAUGUGACUUCCCGUGAAGAACUGGAAAAGUGUUACAGUGUGUUCACAAAGGCAGUUCCAAGCUUGGAUAUCGUGAUAAACUGUGCUGGAAUCUUCAAUGAAAAGGACCCAACGAGAGUUAUUAAUGUGAAUCUGAAUGGUGUUAUUGAAUCCACUCGCAUUGCUAUCGAUCACAUGAGAAUUGAUACCGGCAAAGGCAAAGGUGGAACCAUCAUAAAUAUCUCUUCAGUUUCUGGAUUAAACGUAUUCAGUGGUAGCCCGGCAUAUAGUGCUUCAAAAUUCGGUGUUGUAGCCUAUACCCGGGCUCUAGCCCAUGGACGAGAUCAUCUGGGCAUUAAAUUCUUGAUCCUUUGUCCAAGCGGAACUGAUUCCGUAUUUUACGAAAGAGCCUUUUCGACAAAAUACCUCUUUAUGACCACUGAAGAAACUGUAGCAAAAAGAAGGAAACUGCUUCCUGCACAAAGUCCUUCCGAAGUGGGAAAAGCUACAGUGGAAAUUAUGCAAAUUGGCAAAAGUGGAAGUGUGUGGACCAUUAGGAAUGGGGAACUGGCUGAAGAGGAACUUCCCGCAAUAAGGAUAUGA